CGGAAAUCAAGCAGUGUGUUGAAGGAAAGGUAACAACAAGUGUAAGUUCAGGGGACCACGUCAGGUACAGUACCUGUGUGGAGUUUGAAGAGAAGGAUGAUUGGGGGCACACACUUUUUUAACCCAGUUGUGAUGCUCAUGGACAACUUUUUCAUGAAGAACACAUGAAAACACACUUUGGCUGGUCCUGAAUCGUAAAUGACUCUCCACAGCUUUCUGGUCAUCUAAUCACGACUCCCCAACCUCCAUCCAGCUUGGCCCACCCUGUCUGUUAUCUCUGCAGACAUUAAAGGACACCUGUCUUCAUCUCAAAUACAGACCUCUGCAAGAACUCUUUUCCCUUUUGUAACAUUCACUACCAAGUCCAAGGAUCCAUUCUUCUCUUCUAUGUAUCUAACUCAGUGAGAUUUCAGUGCCCCGCUCGAUUUGAUUCCCUUAGCCAUCCCUAGUAGUUCCCAUUACUCUGAGCUCUCGGCAGCACCCACCCUCUCUUGCUCCUUACUGGUUGACUCCUUGGGUCCUGAGCCAGGAUGAAUGACGUCCAGGAUGCUACCUCUCCAGGGGCCGCUCUAGGUGGCCCUGUCGCCUGCGUCUCCAAAGUGGAGCUGCGCGUCGCCUGCAAGGCCCUGCUGGACCGAGACACCCUGAACAAGUCUGACCCAUGUGUCAUACUCAUGGUGCAGAACCAGGGACAGUGGACAGAGCUUGACAGGACAGAGGUGAUCAAGAGCAACCUGCACCCGGUCUUUGCCAAGGUCUUCACCCUGGACUACUACUUUGAGGAAGUGCAGAAGCUGCGGUUCGAGGUCUACGACAUCCAUGGCACCCACAGUAUUGGCGCCCGCGACGACGACUUCCUGGGUGGAGUGGAGUGUACGCUCGGCCAGAUUGUAGCCCAGAAGAAGAUGGUGAAGCCUUUAUUCCUAAAGUAUGCGAAGUAUGCUGGGAAAUCCGCCAUCACGGUACACGCUGAAGAAAUAUCUGGCAACAAUGGAUAUGUUGAACUGUUCUUCUGUGCCAAGAAACUGGAUGAUAAGGAUCUCUUCAGUAAGUCAGACCCCUUUUUGGAAAUAUAUCGAAUCAACGAUGAUGGGACGGAACAGCUCGUUCACAGAACUGAGGUAAUCAAAAACAACCUGAACCCCGUGUGGGAGCCCUUUAAAGUGUCUCUCAUCUCUCUGUGUAGCUGUGAUGAGGACAGGAAGCUCAAGUGCCUAGUCUGGGAUUCUGACUCCAGGGGAAAACACGACUUCAUCGGAGAGUUUUAUGCCACCUUCAGAGAAAUGCAGAAAAUUGGCGGUGGAAGCAAGGUCACAUGGGAUUGCAUGAAUCCAAAGUACAAACUAAAGAAAAAGAACUACAAGAACUCUGGGGUGGUCAUCCUCAGUGAUCUCAAGCUUCACAGAGUGUAUUCCUUCCUGGACUACAUCAUGGGAGGAUGCCAAAUCCACUUUACAGUGGCCAUUGACUUCACAGCCUCCAACGGAGACCCACGGAACAGCUGCUCCCUACACUACAUCAACCCGUACCAGCCCAACGAGUAUCUGAAGGCUUUGAUAGCAGUGGGGGAGAUCUGUCAGGAUUAUGACAGUGACAAAAGAUUUUCCGCCUUGGGAUUUGGUGCCAGAAUUCCACCCAAUUAUGAGGUGUCCCAUGACUUUGCCAUCAAUUUCAACCCAGAGGACGAUGAAUGUGAAGAGAUUCAGGGGGUGGUGGAGGCCUACCAGAACUGCCUGCCUAAGAUCCAGCUGUAUGGCCCCACCAACGUCUCUCCCAUCAUCAGCAGGAUAGCCAAGCUGUCAGCAGGAGAGGAGACCAUCAAAGAUGCCUCUCGUUACCACAUCCUGCUGAUCCUCACGGAUGGCGUGGUGACAGACAUGGCAGACACACGCGAGGCCAUCGUGCGCGCCUCCUACCAGCCCCUGUCCAUCAUCAUCGUUGGCGUGGGCAAUGCAGACUUCACAGACAUGCAGAUCCUGGACGGGGAUGACGGGGUGCUGCGCUCACCCAAAGGAGAGCCCGUCCUCAGGGACAUUGUGCAGUUUGUGCCCUUCAGAGACUUCAAAACGGCCUCGCCUGCUGCCUUGGCCAAAUGUGUCCUUGCGGAGGUGCCCAACCAGGUGGUGGAGUACUACAGUCACAAGGCCAUCUGCCCCAUGCCGCCCGUCCCAUCAUGUGACUCUCCCACCUCCCUUGCCAACACCCCUACAGAAUCACUGCCAGCAGUGGGGACCACGGCCUGACCACAUCUCAGUCCAGAGAGAGAGAAGGUGCAGAUCGCUGCUCUGGACCAAGAACCAUGGUCAUUAAUAUUAGUGUUGUUAUCAUUCUUUUUCAUUCGUACAGCGUUCACACACAGACUAGAAACUGAAACCUUUGGAUUGUUUUCUCUCUCCGUGCGGAUCAUGUCCCUCUGCCUGGCUGUGCAUCCAUCUGCCUGUUCAGCCUGAUGCUGGAGGAUGCAUGCAGGUGAAUCCCUCCCAAAGUUGAUCAACUAUGGUCACAGGCUCUCUGUCCUCUUCUGCCCUGAUACUGGCAUCUUGGCCCUCAGCUGAUUUUUUUUAAUGACUUUCAAGGCUCUCCAAGGCUUCAGUCUGCUUCUCUUCUGUGUCCAUUUUGCUCUGCUGUGUCUCUCUGUCUUACUGCCCAUCACUGGUAUUGUCUGAAGAGCCUGUCAACUGAAGGAUUGGGGGAGGGGGAAUCUAAACAUAUCAAACCACAUGAGUCUUUCAAUUAUGAGGAAAGAGAUUUAGGUGGCCCAUGUGCUCUUAUGUACAUAACUGUGGCUAAACUCCCCCGGUACAGUGCUCCUGUGUGCUGUGGUCUGAGCUCCUUUGAAGAAUAGUGAGUGUGUAUCUGUCACUAAGGACCACAAGCUUCGGCCUAUUGAUUCAGGACUCCCAGAUCUGGAGUCCUCCUUGGUCAGCUGAAUGUAAAUAACCCUGGAUGGACUUUCAUCUCCACACUGGGGCUCUGCAGUGGGACGUGUAGGAUGGGGAAAUGGAUGUAGAACAUUUGCCAAUGUUCUGUUGGACUGAGUUCUGACAUCAAUGGUAAUAUAUUGAAGUACUUUAUAUUUAUUAAAUUCAUGUUUUUGUUUGUUUUUGUUUGGAUAUCUACUAUGUGUUUGUUUGAAUAUGAUGACACCAUUUCUCAAGAUGGGAUAAUGCCAUGGAUUUAUUAAUCACAUGAAUGGAUAUCUCAUUUUUAGGAUUACUGUUGUGCAAUGGCAGGAAACCUUAUCUAUCAGAUCUAUAUUGAGAAAUGUAUGAAUCGUUGGCAAGAUGAUGGGGUACACUGUUACCGUUCCAGCCCCUUGGUCCUUAUCUUUAUUGCACAAGCUAAAACAGUGUGCAUUUUCAUAGAAUUGGCUUGUGUGCAGCCCAACAUAUGCUCACACUAAGACCAUACAUACAUUACACACUCCGAGCAACAGCAAGUGAUAUCAUGCUGAUAUGAAUCAGUAUUCCUGUUCCUGAGGGGGAACGGGAUUUGAAUACCAUAUGCUCAAGUCACAAGUAUCAGCACCUUCCUGUUGUUUCUUUCCUGUGCUGUACUUUUGUUCCCACCCUGGACAACAUGGCCCUGGACAACAUGGCCCUGGACAGCAUGGCCCUGGACAACAUGGCCCUGGACAACAUGGCCCUGGACAGCAUGGCCCUGGACAACAUGGCCCUGGACAACAUGGCCCUGGACAACAUGGCCCUGGACAGCAUGGCCCUGGAGAACAUGGCCCUGGACAACAUGGCCCUGGACAACAUGGCCCUGGAGAACAUGGCCCUGGACAACAUGGCCCUGGACAACAUGGCCCUGGACAACAUGGCUCAUGAUUUAAUGUUGUCCUCAGGCACAAGCCAAAGCACUCUCCAUCAACUCAAAUCAUCCUUUGCUUAGUUCAUUUUCAGAAUAAACCCUUUAGACCAAAUGCACAGUCAGUUGCAGGUAUUGCUAACCCUGAUGCAUACUGUAUCUAGCGGUAUUGAUUUCAAUGGUGGAUGUCUCCUUUAAAGUAAUUAUGCAGGGAGAAUGACUGGUUUUAAAUGAGCACUGUGAAGAGUGCAUAAUCUGAGGUAUUUAUUUUACAUUCACCACUGACAAACAUGGGCUCUGAACACUACGGUACAAUGGGUGGAAGGUAAUACAGGCUAGUCUAUUGCCCUGCUGUGUAUUCCCUAAACCACUGGAUGAUUUUGAGGUCAUAGAUAUAUUUUAUUUCUAAAAAGAGAAUUCAUUGCAUGCUUACCUCUGUUGUUAAGAUGUGUUGUGCAUUCCUUUGGAGUACGUUAUGCUGAUAGGCAAGCCUGCAUUUGCACAAACCUCUGUUCAUGUUGUGGAUGCUCUCUUUAUCUUGCAUUUAGGCCAAUAAAUCCAGUCAACUGCAUGAUAGUGUCUGUGAUGUCGCAUCCUUGUGAAAAAAAAGUGGAAAUAUUCGCCCCUAUUCUUCUUCCAUGUUUUUGAAGUGGAAAAACUAAAAUAAAGCUUUAGUAUUUAUUGCCA